GGAAGCAAUCCGAACUGCAAUGUAUCACGAUCGCAACAUGCAGAGAACUUUUCAUGCAAUACUUUUACUUGCAAUUUUAAAUCGAGGUAGGUGAUCUUUACGUAUAUUUGGCUAGCCUAAGAAUUCUUUACCUUUUGGCAGUGGUCAGACAUGAGAUAAAUGAAAUGCUUGUAUGAACGACUUCCGCAUUCGACAGAGAACGUAGCUGGCUCAAAGCGGCUUCUACUCUUGCUCACUUAGCUGAUACAAGCACACAUUUUUAUUGACGGGUUGCGGUAAAUAUUUUGCCCAAUGUUUUAAAAACGAGUUGCUUUGGAACGGAAUUGAAAACACAUGUACUGCAAAUACUCAAGACACGCUCAUUGUCGGUUUUUUCUUCUGUUACCGGCCUUGGAGUUUUGUUAUUCUAUUUGUGUAUCUGACCUUUCUCACGGACUCGGAGACGAAUUUGAACGAAACUAUCGAUCGUCUGAUCCGAAGUAUCGGGCCAGUAAAAUUAAUCGAAUAGGCGGACUCAUCCCAACCCACCCCUCUCGUUAAAAGAACGGAAUCCAGCGAGGACCUUUCCGGAAAACCCAUCUUCAGUUCCGAAAUACCUCGAAGACAAAGAAAUACGCGUGACAUAAAUAUUACGCGUCAUAAAUAUUGUACAGGGUACAGAGUACAGAUGUAAUCUUAUAUCGAGUUUAGGUAGCCGGUGAUAAAACGGAGGAAGCUGUGACUAUCAUACGACAUACAUCCUGCUGAGAUCUUUCGCAAACGCCAAAGCACGUCAAACCUCCCGUUCUUAGCCAUAAGUGACAGAAAACAGGGUGCGUCGGUUUCUCAGAAAAGACGGAAGUAUUCCUAAACAGACGCUCAUUCACAAACAUUGCGUUGUCAGCAAGGUAUACAAGUCUCGUAACUUUACUGCUUUCUAUUGAAUAAAUCAGACAACUGCUUGUAUUUUUUGUUUUCACGCAUUUUCGACUGAAAACGGCGGCUGAAAAAUUGUUUUCAAAUACAGUUUUUUUGACAUAUUGUCAAGAAACCUUCAAAGUUGCCUAGUAACCUGGUUUGUAGUUCGCGUGGUCAUGCAAAUUUAUAGUGAGGAAAUGUCAAGACCCUUCAUUUGACAGGAAAAAUAAAUCAUUUUCAAAGCGGUGUGUCCUAACGAGAAUAUGAGGCAAAGCACAAGUUGUGUUUUGAUUCUUUUCAUUAUUUUCCAUAAAGGUAAGUCAACCUUCUCGCCAAACUAAAUUCUAGGUCUACUUGUGUCAAAUUCGUUGAAAAACGUCUUGGUUUAAGGUUGCUAGAAAGGCUUGCAACAUGUCAAUCAAAGAUGGCGUCAAGAAACGCUUCUUUAAUCGAGUUAUAGAGGUGUCAACUUCUUGUACUGUGAGAAUAGCGUUUGAAGACAUAAGAUUGUUCAAAACAGCCGAGUUUUAGGAGCCGUUAAAACGAAGAAACAGGCAACGGUUCGUAUAAAAAGGAGAGAACACAUUUUAAAGUUGGUUUUUUUCAGAAGCUGCGGCGUUUGCUAUUUGGUCGAUCGACGAACUAAAUUACGCAAAAGUGUGUUACUGGAGUGUGCAUAGUAAAUUGUGAUAAGUUCUUUUGUGAUACGUAAUCCUUUAUGUCGCGAAAAAAAAAGAUGUAUAUAUCACCAGGGGAUUUCAUUAAAGAUAAAUAAAAUCCCCUGAUGAGCGAGUACUCACGAAACAGGCUUUUAGGGAUGAAAGUCUCUCUUUUCCCCCUAUCUCAAUAUAUAUCGCGCUCCACUUCUACGUAUCGAACACUGUGCUACGGAAAAAUUGAAACACAGACUUCCUAUAUAUCUAUAUAUAUGUAUAUGUAUUUCUCAUUUCAUAUAAUACUAUGGGAUUUUGAAUGCGGCCGAUUGGAAGAAUCCUAAGAAAUUCAGGGCUAAAUUGGAUCCUGAAGCUUUAAGGCUUCUUUAAACAGUAUUUAAAGGCCUCGUCCUAACUUCGAUUUUGGUUUUUUCAAAUGCUACUGAAGAACAACAAGCAUGGAUCGAUUCCAUUUUAGAGAUGUUACAUUGAUUAGAUAAACGCAAGUUAUAACUGUAAAGUGAUUCUGCUGGGCAGAACAUAAGCAAAGAAAAAAAAUCGACCCGUCGACAGUCAAAACACUAUUUUUUUGACGUUUUUGACAUAAAAUUUCUCUAGUAGAACCGGUUUCGUUAGAUCAUGACCGUAAAAUUCUAAAUCAUUAAAAGGAUCAUUGUUAAAUAUAGACAGAAGCAGAUGUGUUAGAGUCAACUGCUAGUAUUGCGGUGUUUUUUAUGCCAGAAAAUUAAAAUACUUGAGGUUUACUUUGUUUGUCUUCUAUUCAUGAACUAAUUGGAGGCCUUGAGACAUGACGUAAGACAGGGCGGUUAAAAUAUAAUUAAUACAAAUUAAAAUUUAAGUUCAAAACUCGGACUAUGCUAAUAAACUUUUAUCAGACUAUCAUUAACAGCGUCUCUGAUCGAAUUACUGACAGGAACCUCUCAAGGCUAUCAGAAAAUGUUGCGUGUCAUAAAGGUCAUGUUUCAUAUGAAAAUAAAUUUUGAAUUCAUGGGUAAAAUUACGGAAUUUCAUCCAAAGCUUUCUAUCUUUUUCCAAUAGGCUGGCCAAAGGAGCCUAACCGAAAUCUUAAGAGCUAUUUUUUAACAACAAGAAAAUUGGGUAUGAUCAACUGGGUUGAUAAUGUAAAUUGGCCACCGUUCAGGGUUUCUUAAACAGUGAAAUUUCGAGCGUUAGCCCUUCCCUUUCUUAGCCUUUCGUUCGAAACCUCUCAGCCGACGCAGCAGCACAUGCAGUUUCUUUAGAAACUAACCCCUUUAUUGCAUAAUUAUCCGAUCUCGGAUAGGCAAGUUGUCUUACUCAACUCAGUUGAUAACCCACUUUAUUGUUUUUUUAGAGGGCACGGUAACGAAUCCUGCAAUCUGAUUGGUUCUUUACCCGGUCAGUAUUUUCCUAUCUCUGCCCACGGGCCACGGUAACGCUUUCGUGAGUCGCCGAGUACAUCCCAACUUUCGUUGUCAUUUUUCAUAAAUAUACCUCGUUUUCCGGCUGGGCAGUAUUUUAAAGCAAACAAGUCGGUCACUACCUCAAGCCGAGAAAUAACUUAUGAAUCCUCUCUUUUCUCUCUCUCAAAUCACUUUGGUUGACAGAAAAAUAUUGGUUUCAGAAUGAAUUUGUAUAAACAAUAGUGUCAUUACGUUGGUUGACAAGCGGCCUAAAAACUGUCUGCAAUUAAUUUUAAUCGUUCACAAAAAGUACCCAGAAAGUUAAAACGUGAGGUAUUUGGUUACAGUUAAACUGAACGAUGGAACUUUCAUUAAUUUAACAUCUGAAUUUUCUCGAGAAAAUUGUUAGUAGAGAAAGAGCGAGCAAAGUUUUAAUUUAAGUUCUACAACAAAUAUAGGCUCCCGGUGAGUCUUUCCAAUUCCGUUCAAUUUGGACAUUUGUACCGUAAAUUACACAACAGAAACUGAAGGAAUUUUUUGAGAAAAGGCCGCAUUAAAUUCCCUUCUGUCUCGUUGGAGUGUGCCGUUCCAAUUUAGUUUUUGUGAAGGAAAGACCAGAUUUACACACGCCAUUGCAGCAAACAAACGAGCAAACUCUCACAACUUCAAAAUAAAAAGAUUGAAUUUACUCACAAUUACUUUCCUCGCCGUUUACUUAAUGAACAGAGGUAAAUCUUCGUACAUGAAUGAAUCGUCGAUGAGAGUGAAUAAUACUAUCCGUUAGAUCAUUGACUGAUUUUGAAGAAAACAUUGUCGUGACAGUCCUUGCCAAACUAGUUCCGUUGUUUUUUAAAUGCUCUUAUGCUUUUUUUUUUUUUACGCGCUCUCUAAUUGACAGGUGUCAGAUUGUGACAGAUACUUGUAAAAAUAAUGUUUCAAAGUUUGUUUGGAAGCCUUUUAAAUCACCUUUAUCGUUACGGAAAUGAAAAUGUUUCGCUGAGGCAUCUCUCUUUAAUUUGCAUCACCUCUAUUUUAACUACCAUUUACUCGCUCAAAAAUUGUUCAGUUUAUGGAAGAUCUUGUCGUAUUUUCAGCCCUAAAUCAUUCGGGUUCUUUGGGAAAGAAUUUCGUCAAGUUUAAAAACAAUAAAUAUGUUAUUUGCCGGCUAAGGGUCGGUCCGUAUGAUGAAAAACUGUGACCUCGGUCUUGAAAAUGCUGCCCUCGGCCUACGGCCUCGGGCAGUAUUUUCAAGACCGAGGUCACAGUUUUUCACCAUACGGACCUCCCAGCCGGCAAAUAACAUAUAUUUAUGUUGAUAAUUGUUAAUUAACUGGAAUUUUCGUAAAGCUGAAGUUUCGAGCGUAAACCUGAGUCGCUGCGUAUUUACCUGCAAACGCAAUACAGCAGUUUCUUUAGAGUUCAGAUGUAAGUCCAUAAAAAAGCGGAGUUUAAUUUUAAGAUUGCCUUGUUUUCGGUUUGUAAGUGAGAUCGAAAAAGGUGUUCUGUUGGCUAUUCAUGUAAAGUCAUGUCAAUUUGGCUCGAAACGUUUGAAAUCGAGCUGAUCAGCGGUGAAACUUUUAUUUCGAAUGUGCAGCAGUUUAAGUCAAAAUUAGUUAAAAUAACUGCUCCAUACAUUUUACAGCUUGAUUUUUUACUAACCAAACCCACUCAAGUCAUCGGUUUUGAUUUUCUAUUCAACUUUGUGUUUUUUUAGUUGCUGGAUGGAAUUCGUCUUACCAGUUGGUGACUCCUUCGAUGACCCUUACCAGCAAGACACUUGUAAAAUUGCAAACUACUCAACACGUUUUUACUUCUUCUGUGGUUGUGGAAGGUUUUUCAACUUCUUCGAUGACUUCUGACAUUACAUUAUCACUUGUACGAUGGCAAACUCCUCAACGGGUGACUGCUUCCGUGGUUAUGAAAGCCUCUGCAAAAUUACCAACCAGUCCUCGACACAGCAGUGAGUCACCUUUACCAACGUUUACUGAUCAGCCGUCUUCUACCUGCGUUUGUCCAAGCUCAUCAGCUGUUUAUUCGUCCAUGAAGCUUCCUGAGUCUUCCCCAGUAAAUUACUCUCAAAUGCCCUAUUCUCCGGCUGAAGUAAAUGCCACUCAGAUCUACAAUUUAAAUGGUACACCGACAAUCAGCAUUAUUUUUUUUGGUGUAGUAAGAACUGCACGUUUGACCAAAUAAAAACACGCACAUACAAGACUCUUUAUUUUGAAAUGAAAAUUUCAAAUGACGUCUAAAUGUUCCAUAAAUGUCUUACUAUCCUUAAAUUUAACGAGUGGAUAUGAAACUGAAUGUGUAUGUAGGUAAGCCUAAAGCUCCUAUGAUUUGAUGCGUUUAUGAACUUCAUAGUUCUUCACGGCUUUCCCUACCUUUAAGAAGAAAUAUGCUCGUUAAAUUGAUCAGAAAUUUUUAUCAUCCGUGUCAAAACAAUAUAGAGAUUAAGUUAUCAUAAUUCACAAUUAAAAUUAAUUAUGCCGUAAGAUCACCUGUAGUCUUAAAGAAUAAAAUUUUUUUUAAGCCCCAGCAUUACUGGACUGUCGUCGUCACCUAAGAAGCUUCGUUUAGGAUGUUUACAUACAACCUUAGAACCAUUUUUUUAGGCUUUAUGCUUAGUAUUACAUGGACGCUAAAUAAUUUUUCUUCUUUUAUGUUUAUUUAGCCUCGCAAUUCCAAAGUCAAGGUGUAAUAUCUACGACACGUCUAUUUUCAAAGCAGACCCAAUUGGCCACCUGCGUGUGUCCGUCCGUGAGCGAGUCUAUGAUUCCUGCACAGUCAUCGGCGGCGCCAGAGGGUGAGUAUCAAAUUUCUUUAAGCCGUCAUGUUUACAUUUCUGUCUUUUCAAAGCCUGCAGUCCCUGCAGCGUGAAGGAGGGGAGGGAGGGGAGGGAGGGGGAGGGGUGCAUCAGCCCACCAUCUCAGAGAAUAUAAAACAGCCGGUUGAGGUAACUUGUUAGACUGUGGGUUUUGGGUUACAAACUUUCGGCAGCCUGUUCUUGUUUUACAAUAAAAGUCAUAUUUCUACACCAAGACUGCGUGCAGGGAGUUGCAUAAAACAUAUUUGGACAGUUUUUUCUCAGCACUUUAACCCGAAGCUUAUGAGCUACAAUUUGAAAAAUUGCCGCACCGUUCCCGCGAUUAUGAUGCAUUCAACUAGUAAGUUAUGGCGUCUACGCGAUGUAAAAUUUUCAGAUUUUUCAACUUAACAAUUUUUUCCCUUGUAUUUUAGCAACACAAAGUCCGACAGGAACAACUCCGAGGCGUAAGUACUGACAUCAAAACCAGAAAAAAUAAAUCAAAAGACAAUCUUAGAAAUGAAAAAAAAAAAAACAAAAAGCAAAACAAAAAGCCAGGAAUUUAAAACAUAAAGUCUUUUUGCGCGAGAAAUGGAUUUAGAAAAAAAGUUCGAAUGUACUAUGGUUCUAUUUAAAAAAAUGUAUUGAAGCCCUAUGAUAAUUAUAUUGCCAUGUAAUUGCAUAUUUUUCCAUUUCUCCCUAAUUUUUUUAGCGCACACGACAAAGCCACCGGCUACAAGUAAGUGCCGUCAUUAGUAAUAUAAAAACAAAAAAAAUCACGUUAGUGGUAAUUUUUGGGGUAACAUGAAAAAAACUGAUCUAUAUACAAAAACAGAUAACAACCAUUUAGAAUUAUAUCUUGCCUCAAGCUAUUUACAAAAUAUCAAAAUCCACGGGUAUACAAUUUUUAAAUCUAGUUUUUAUCCUCUCUAAAUCUUCUCUUCGCGUGCUAUAUAACUCAAUAAUACUUUCAUACCUUAAUUAUUAUAAUUUAGUCUGAGGAUCAAGCUGAAAAAAAUCUUCAUAGAGUUGUAAUUUUGCGAAUAAUUAGGAGAAUAAACAAGUCCAAAUGAGGCACAUACGGGUCCCUUUUUUCAAGAAACUUGACUUUAAUUUCAAAACAUUCAUUUGGUACAGUUCGUUCAGUUCAUGUUCUUUAUAAAAAGGACUUUCCCCCUUCGAAAAUUUGAAAAUAUACUCAUGAAAAACAACCAAAUCCACGGCUACAACACAAGGCGUGCAAGCUCCUUUCGUUUGUCAUUAUGUGUGACAAAUAUUCCGCAGUUUUCCGUUUUCUAUAAAGGUCCAAAGUUUUCCAACUCUCUAACUUUUGAGAUCAAUGGCUUUUCAUCCAUUGCAUCCUUUAGAAAAAUAAAGGUUUAAAGUAUAUAUAAUCAAUAAGUACUAAUUUUCCUUUUAUAUAAAAUUAUUAUACCUAAGCUUAAUCUUUGUUUUUGAUGUGUGUUUUCCUUACCAAUCACUGGGAACUGCAAUCAUUGUAACAACGUCAUUUUUUUCCAUUUGUAUUAAUUUUUCCAUUUGUCCCUUAUUUUUUUAGCGGACAUAACAGAGCCGCCUUCUAAGAGUAAGUACCUUCAUCAGUAA